UCGGCACCCAGCCAGAGACAUGGACAUACCCUCUUUGAGAGGCUGCCACUUCUCAGGCAGCAGCAACACCACAAGAUCAUCUUCUUUCUUCAACUCUUGUAGCACCGCUGACACGUUUGAUGCUGAACAUCUUGAUGACCCUUCCCUGGUGAUGAAUACGACCUACAUAUACAAUGAUAGUAGGUUCAACGCCAUAAUUGGUCUCAAGUCAUUUGCCACUUUCAGGGAGCUAGUAAACCAGCAACUUUUAGCUGAGCACUCAAGGGACUUGUACCAGGCAUUUCACAUCAAAUACUGUGACAUCUUUACUAGAUGUCAGUUCAUUGGUGGCUUUGACUCACUCAUUGGAGUAGAUUCCCAAAAUUUAGGUGAGGCACAUUGGAAAUCCAUCAAGAGCUGGCCUGCAGUUUUGGAGUAUAUUGUCAGUGUUCUGAAGACAUUACAAAUGCAACUCCUCAAGCAGAACCAUCGUGCAUGCAAUGGAUUUACACAUGAUGACCUUUCAGAAGCAGCAAAAAAACCUGUUAGGUGUCUGUUCACUGUUGCUUCAAUUGUAUCUGACCAUGAGGUGAGGAAGUCACCAGAGAAGCUCUUCUGUGUAUUGAACAUGUACACAGCUCUGAUGGACGCUACCCCCGUUCUCAGGAAAGUCUUCUGUACAGAUUCUAUCAGUACAGAUGUUGAGGGGGUUCUUGCAAAACUGAAGGGCUCUGCAAGGGGAAUAGUUAAAGUACUUAAAGGAUUGAUUCGGACUUACAACUCACAAAAAUCAAUGAAGGAUGGAAGUAUCCUGGCGUUAUCUCAGUACCUCAUGAGAUACAUCAGUCUCCUAGUGAAGCAUAAAGGCUCACUUGAUACGAUCCUAGAUCAUGAUCACACUGACGAUCACGAUCGGUUGACAGUUGAUGGAAUGAGUCUGACAUAUCGUUUAGUGUUUGGGCUCAUCACUGAUCUGGAGUCAGUAAUAUAUAAGCAUUCCAGGUCAUUUGCUUCUGAAGGACUCCAGUGCAUAUUCUUGGUCAAUAACAUACAUUUCAUACUUCAAGAAGUCGAGCAAUCAGAUAUACAGUUGACUGUAAAAGCGAAGUGGUUUGAAAAACGCCAAUUGCGCAUCAACGGGUACACAAAGAGAUACAUGUAUGCAUCAUGGGUACCUGUCACAUCCACCUUGGAUGUUUCAAGAGGCCUGCCUCCUAGUAAAAAGGCAAGGAUAAACUUCUUCACAUUCAGGCUCACCAGUCCGAGUCCCAUGCAAAGUUUUGCUUCGUCUUUAAGUGCAACUUGUAAUCUUCAGAUGUUCUGGAAGGUACCCAGUCCAGCUCUUCGAGAUGAGCUUCGUGCAAAGAUCCUGGGGUUUGUUACUCGAGCCUACAAUGGUCACUUGGAAAGUCAAAAACAGUAUGCAGGACAAAGUGCCAAGAAUUUUGAGCCUGAGUGGAAAAGCAAAAUUAAUAAAUUGUUUGAAGGAUGAAUUAGCAGUUUUUUUUUCUGUAAGCAGAAGUGGAUGAAGAGCUCAGUGCGAAUAUAGGCUCUACAUAUUGUACCUAUGUUGAUAUCCGUUGUGUUUGUCACUGUAAAUGAUCAGCUGAAUCAGCUUAAUUAAUGACGUAUUUUUGCUAAUGGAGGGGCUUUCCAAAAUCCAAACCAAGAGCCAGUAUUUCUCCUAGAGGAAAAGGACACGCAAGGAUGCACAACUCCUCGUAUUAUAACAUACAUUUCCCUUCCAAGGUUGCUUUUGGAUCAAGGCUUCGGGUGCAUCAUUGGUUAUACAUCUUAUUCAAGCUUAACAACAACUAGCCUGAUUUCAGAGCUUUGCCAAGAUCAGCCAUAGCAUUGCUUCCAAAAGCGUUUGGUAUGUUCCACUUGUUUCUUCCCGGCCGGCUGACAUGUAAAGCCCUGAGACAUGCUGCCUUGUCCGGGACCUAACCCUGCUCGUACGAACGGAUCAAAAAGGUGAUUAGUCAUUUCUAGACUAAUUAACUGUGCGCUUUAGACGUCGCCGAUCCGGGCCGAAAACGAGGUUUAGUUAAACAGAUGACGGAUCUGUGCAGUAGCAUUUAGAUUGCUUCGGUCCUACAGCAGUUGAUGUUGCUCCACUGUUGUUUAACAUAUCAGGAUGAGUUGCUGUUCAUCUUCUCCCGCCUGCUCGAUCGCCAACUCCCCCAGUGUUGACAACUCCAAAUUUAACAGCUCCCUGGCUGGAGUUUUUUCUAAGUUAUCUUCUUCA